AUGUACGACAGCGAGCCUAUCGCGAUAAUCGGCAGCGCCUGUCGCUUUCCUGGUGGUGUAGACAGCCCGUCUAAGUUUUGGGAGUUUCUGCUGCAGCCUGGGGACCUUCGGAGUGAGGUACCCAAGCAGCGCUUCAGCGCUGAAAAGUUCUUCAACUCCAAUGGCAUGCACCAUGGUAGUACGAACUCAAGAUAUGGGUAUUUUCUCAAGGAACCCCUCGGCGGCUUUGAUGCGCCGUUUUUCAAUAUACACGCGGGCGAAGCCAAGAGCAUGGACCCUCAGCAGGGCCUCCUUUUGGAGACGACAUAUGAUGCACUCUCCUCUGCCGGUCUUGUACAAGACCUUCAAGGUUCCGAUACGGCUGUCUACGUUGGCCUCAUGACUCACGACUUUGAGACGAUAAAAACACAGGAUAUGCAUCACAUGCCAACUUAUUUCGCCACAGGCGUUGCUGCGAGCAUUGCCUCGAACCGACUGUCAUAUGUUUUCGACUGGCACGGUCCUAGUAUGACUAUUGAUACGGCUUGUAGUUCGUCUCUGGUUGCAGUGCAUCAUGCGGUGCAACAACUGAGGAGUGGCCAAAGUAGAGUCGCGGUGGCUGCCGGAGUAAAUAUGAUCAUGUCUCCUUUGAGUUACGUCUCAGAGAGCAAACUGAGUAUGCUCUCGCCGACAGGCAGAUCGCGAAUGUGGGAUGCUGCCGCCGAUGGCUAUGCGAGAGGGGAAGGCGUUGCAGCUGUGGUACUCAAGACUCUGCAACAAGCUCUGAGUGACGGUGACCAUAUUGAGAGCAUUAUCCGUGAGACGGGCGUGAACCAAGACGGCAAGACCACUGGCAUCACAAUGCCGAGUCACCUGGCUCAAGAGGCAUUGAUCCAAGACACUUAUGCGAGGGCGGGACUGGAUUUGAGUCGCAUUGGUGAUCGUCCUCAAUUCUUUGAGGCCCACGGAACGGGGACGCCGGCAGGCGACCCUCAAGAAGCGGAGGCUAUCAACAAGGCUUUCUUUGGGGACAAGGUGUUGGACACCUUACAACCCCAGGAUCUGCUGGUCGGUAGCGUGAAAACAGUCAUUGGCCAUAGUGAAGGGACUGCUGGACUAGCCGGCGUCCUGAAAGCUUCCCUUGCGGUCCAGCAUGGUGCGAUUCCACCCAAUCGACAUUUUGAAAUGCUCAGCCCUGCUGUGCAGCCCUUCUACCGUCACGUCUGCAUCCCAACGAAAACGCAGCCUUGGCCACAAGUCGCACCAGGCUACCCACGCCGAGCUAGUGUGAAUUCGUUUGGUUUUGGUGGAACGAACGCACAUUGCAUCAUCGAAGAGUACGUGGGUUCCGGUACGCGGCAGUCUUUAUCCCAAAAGUCGAUAUCCUGCGACGUAGAGAAUCAGCCAUCGAGCACUACAUACGGCAUGCCUCUCGUCUUGUCGGCUAAGUCACAGCGCUCUCUCAAAGAUUACAUGCACGCCAUGCUCCAGUUUCUCAAGUCAAAUCCGGCCAUUGAUAUGGCAGAUCUAGCUUGGACAUUAUUGCGGAAGCAGGCUGUGCUGCCCGUCCGGCACGCUAUCUCCUGCCAUACCCGCGAUGGGGUAUGUCUCGCGCUCGAGGCUGCCAUCAAUGACAACUUGGGCAGAGACUUCAGCUUCAACCGCGGCAACAAGGACCAACCCCAGAUUUUGGGCGUCUUUACCGGACAGGGUGUACAGUGGUCAGGCAUGUGCAAGUCACUUCUGGCCUCCAUCCCUUGGACGCGAGACAUCAUAGAUGAGUUGGAUGCCUCCUUGCAGGCGCUUCCAGCCCAAUACCGUCCCCUGUGGAAGCUCCGGCAGUUGUUGUCUGGUGAAGGAGAUUGGACCAACGCAGCGGAGGCGAGGUUCUCGCAGCCGCUCUGCGCUGCCGUUCAGCUUGUGCUUAUCAGACUGCUGCAGGCUGCAGGCGUCAGGUUCGCGGCUAUUGUCGGUCAUAGUUCAGGGGAAAUUGCCUGUGCGGCUGCUGCGGGAUACAUCACGCCUUUCCAGGCCAUCCGCAUCGCUUACUUACGCGGACUAGCAGUCGCCACUCCACACGCUGGCUCUCAUAGCCCUACCGAAGGUGCGAUGCUGGCGGCCGAUAUCACACACGAAGAUGCCAAGGAGAUUUGCAGUCUUGAAGAUUUCGAAGGACGAAUCUGCGUUGCGGCGUAUAACUCUCCCACCAGCGUGACGCUGUCUGGCGAUGCUGAAGCUUUGAGACAUGCCGAAUCUGUCCUCAAGGACGAAGGCAAGUUCACGAGAUUCCUUCGCGUCGAUAAAGCCUACCACUCUCACCAUAUGGCCCCGUUUGCCGAUACAUACGUCAAAGCCCUUACCGACUGUGACUGCGCCGCCAACGCUGCCUCCAAUGCGCUUGGUUCGCGACCCCUUGUUUCUUGGUACUCAUCCGUGAACCCGGGGAGACUCUUGAAAUGUACAGACGUUACAGCCGAGUAUUGGAAAGCAAACCUCGUCUCGCCAGUAUUCUUUUCGCAGGCUGUCGAGCGUGUUGCCCGCGACUACAAUAUCGCUUGCGCUGUAGAGGUCGGUGCACAUCCCGCUCUGAAGCGUCCCACUGUUGCAACCAUUCAUACCAUUUCCGGAACGGAACUGCCAUAUACAGGAUGCAUGAAACGAGAUCAGGAUGAUACGGAUGCAUUCGCGGAAGCAAUGGCCUACCUCUGGGAACGGUUUGCUAGCUUCAAAAUACUCGACGCUGACAGCUUUAUGAAAGCUGUGUCACCUUCAGCAAACCCUCGCAAAAGCUUGGCUAAAGCCAUUCCGAGGUACUCAUGGGACCAUACGCGAACAUAUUUGACAGAAACACGUGCUGAGAAAGCUUUCCUUGCCGGGCCGGCUCCCCAUCCCCUCCUGGGUUCCAUUCUUCCGACGACCACGGAUUCGACGUUCCAAUGGCAAUCGUUCAUCAAGCCCGAGGACGACAAGUGGUUUGAGGGCCAUCACCUUCAAACCCAACUUGUCGUUCCCGCCUCCGGCUAUGCCGUGAUGGUCAUGGAAGCAGCACUGUACGUAGCAAGAAAGCGUCUUGGGCAAGACGUGGACGUCACUGUUCUCGAGGUACUGGACUUGAGCAUCGACAAGGCCAUGACCUUCGAUGAAAAGAACAGCAUGGCUGAGCUGCUUGUUACGCUUAAAGUCAUACACCAGGAUUCCGAGCAGCUUUCGGUUGACGUUAAUAUCGACUCGGCUCUUGAAAGAGAGACAAAACCUUCCAUGACGGCCAGAGGUCGCGUCGUCGUCACACUUGGCUCUCCCUUGACCAGCUCACCGCAGCGAGGCCUGAAUGAGCCACUACACCCCAACGAGAUCGACAUCAACAGGUUCUACGAGGAGAUUGAACGACUGGGCAUUGCCUAUACGAAAAAGUACCAUGGUAUCCACGAAUUGCGACGAGCGGAUUGCAGGGCUGCGGGACGACUCUUGCAUUACCGGUUUCCCAAUAAUCCCUCGCAGGAGAUUGUUAUUCACCCAGCCACACUGGAUACGGCCUUUCAGGCAGUCAUGGGCGCCUAUUCAUACCCUGGUGACAGAGCUUUGAAGUCCACGGUCAUCCCCGUGCACAUUGAUAGAAUUGCCUUGUUUCCCGGAGCCUGCGCCUCCGCGUUGGGCUCUCGUGACGAGGUCAGCGUGCUCUUCAACGCUACAUGCUCAUCUCUCGAAGACUCGGUUCCCGACGGAGACGUGGAGGUGUUUGAUGAUAGCUCUGCUGUUCUCUUUCAAGUGGAUAACAUUGCACUUCAUCCACUUCACAGACCAGAGCCCUCAGCUGACCAUCUCAUGUUUACCAAAACGGUGUGGGGGCCUUAUUCCCCAGAUCGUAUCCUAGAUCGUCCCGAAUUCCGGGCUACUGAUGAAGACAGGCGCAUGAUACCUGUCAUCGAGCGCAUUGUAUAUCACUACGUGAAGGACUUCCUGAAAAAGCUCACAGUGGAGGACCGUCGGAAAGCAAGUCCCAGCCUGCAGAAGUAUAUUCACUGGAACGAGCAGGUGCUGGGCAAGGCUCGGGAGUGGAAGUCUACCUUCUACGAGCCAGAUUGGGAAAUGGACACAGCGGCUGACAUAGAAAAGCUCUGUGAGCAGAACUGGUACCAUCCCUACGUGCGUCUCAUCAAGAGGGUCAGCGAGAAUGUAAUGUCCACAAUCCGCAACAACACCAAUCCUUUUCAUUGGAUGAACGAGGAUGGUCUGCUCGGCGAGUUCUACGCUAGUCCUCUCAGCAAUGGACCGUGUUGGAACAAUGGCCAGCAUCUUGUUAACCAGCUUUGCCAUCGUUUCCCUAACAUGAACAUCCUUGAAAUCGGUGGCGGUACGGGCUCAGCUACGCGCUAUAUUCUCGACAUUCCCGAGCUGGGCUUCAAUAGCUACACCUUUACUGACAUCUCGCCAACAUUUUUCGACAAGGCCCGUGAGGCUUUCCACCAACAUAAAGACCGCAUGGACUUCCGGAAGCUUGACAUCACACAGGAUCCAGCAAGCUUUACACCCCACUCUUAUGACCUGGUAGUCGCCUCGUCUGUUCUCCAUGCAACACCGCGUCUCGUGGAAACUAUGACGAACGUAAGGUCUCUGCUUAAGCCUGGCGGCCAUGUUAUCGUUGUGGAAGCCACAUUCAAAGAGUAUUUGCGCACAAGCUACAUCUUUGGGCUCUUCCCCGACUGGUGGGCCGGCUAUGAGGACGGCCGUAUCCUUGACCCUUUUGUGUCGUAUGAUGAGUGGGAUAGUAUCCUGAAGCGCGCCGGGUUCUCAGGAAUCGAGUCUCGCACAUCUGACCACGAGAGCUGGGUUUUUCAGAAUUCGCUGUUCAGUGCGCGCGCCAUGGAUCCCAAGAUGGAGCGGCUGGAAAGCCCGCCCCUGACGGUGUCCAGUCAACAUGACGACGGGGCAAACUUACCGAAGCUGAUAUUUGUUGGCGGCUGCUCUGACCGAUCAUCAGCCUUAGUGGGCAAACUUCAAGACAAAUUGGCCUACCGGAGAUCCCUACAUCUUAAACGGUUGGAAGAUGUGGUCAAACAGGCAGCUCAUUUGGGCCCAGGGUCCACGUUCGUCGUGGUCUCGGAGCUUGAUGACGAAAUGUUUGAGGAUAUCGACAGCAUCAAGCUCGAAGCCGCCAAGUGGCUUUUGACUGGCGGCUACGCAAAGAUCGUUAUCUGGGUCACUGCAGCGGCUUUCACGCGUAAUCCGCGCCAAGCUAUGACCAUCGGCCUCCUCCGGACGAUAUAUCUGGAGAAUCCGGAGAUUUACGUGCAGAACAUCGACUUAGACAACGUUGAACAUUUCAACUACGCCCCAGUCAUCGUCGAGCAUCUUCUUCAGCUGGAAUAUAUAAGCACCCUACCCAAGGAUAGCAGUAGUCUGGUACGGAACCACGAGCCCGAGGUCUACCUCGUCGACGGGCGAGCCUGGAUACCUCGCAUCAAGCAUGACAUAGCGCGCAACAACCGCUUGAACUCUGCACGCCGUGUCAUUCUCGUGGACAUUCAGCCGGAAGAAACUCCCGUACGUCUAAGUCUCGCUCCAGAUGGCGAGACUUCGUUCCUCGAGCUCACAGACACAAUGGUUGGCCCUUUCCCACCAUCUGCGCCAUCCUCAUUCUCGAGUGUACAUGGAUGUCUAGUUCAGGUUCGGGUUCACUUCGCCCUCACUGGCGCUAUCCGCGUCGGCAAUCUUGGCUUCCUCCACCUGUGCCAGGGUUUCUCCACAGAAACCAAGACACCCGCAUUGGUGCUGGCAGAUAGCAACGCAUCUGUCGUCUGUGUUCCAGCUAGCCGUGUCUUUAAUUUGCCAUCUGGAGACAACUGUAUUCUGCUCCAUGUUGUGGCCUCUCUCAUUAGCCAAGAGAUCAUGAACAGCGCUGUCCCUGGCACGAGUGUUCUCUUGUUUGAGACACCGGAUUUCUGCGUGGAUGCCAUCGCAAAACAAGCCAAGGAAAAGAAUGUUCAGGUCUACAAUGUCUCCAGUCAAAAACUCGCUGGGCUAGACCACAAUUCAGGCUCCACGUGGAUGCAUCUAGAUCCAUGGGUAUCGGACAUCGCGCUGCAGAAAAUGGUCACUGUGGGAGCGUCUGUCUAUUGUGACUUCUCACCUGCGACAGAUCUCAAAGCCGCCACACUCGGCCGUCGCAUAGCCAGAAACCAACCACCACAUUGUGUCAAGUACGGCUAUGCUCACUUUUUCGCGAAGCGCGGGUCCGGCACGCCGUAUGGAGAUGCUCACUGUCGUGACUUUACUAUGGCUGUUGAGAAGGCUCUUCGCGCGUCCUCAGGAACUGCCCAUGAUCACAUAGCAGAAGCAGCAUUUAUCAAGGUCGCUGCUAUACAGGACAACAAAGCCCUCAAGGACCUCACAACCGUUGUUGACUGGAGGCCCGAUGGCAAAGUUCAAGCGCGCCUUCGCCCUGUUGACUCUGGGAACUUGCUUGCUCCAGACAAGACAUACCUUCUUGCAGGACUCGCCAAAACAAUGGGCCGAUCAUUGGCCCGGUGGAUUAUCACUCAUGGUGGUCGCUACGUCGUUCUAUCCAGUCGUCACCCUGAAGUCCCGGAUCGUAAAUGGAUCGAAGAGAUGGAAGAGCUUGGCGGUCAUGUCACAAUUCUAUCAAUGGAUUUGUCCGACGAGAAAGCCGUAGAUGUGGGUCUGUCUAUGAUCCGCGAGGCUUUGCCGCCAAUCGGAGGCAUUGCCUAUGGCCCUUUGGUCCUCCGUGACACGAUAUUCCAAAAUAUGAGCUUGGAGGAUAUGAAUUCGGUGCUAAACUCCAAGGUGAUUGGCGCACGGCUUCUGCAUGACCGAUUCUGUGAUGCCACCCCGGGAGCCCAGUUGGACUUUUUCGUCAUGUUCUCGUCUGCGGCUUCCGUGGGCGGGAAUCCUGGCCAGAGCAACUACAAUGCGGCCAAUGCCUAUUUGCAAGCCCUCGCACAGCACCGGCGGACCAAGGGACUUACGGCCUCGACGAUUCAUCUGGGUGCCGUUAUGGGCGUCGGAUAUCUUACCCGAAGCCAUCUGGAAGAGCAACUUCUUAAGUUCAGCGACUGGGGCAAGCUCUCGGAAGGAGAGUUCCACAGACUGUUUGCCGAAGCCAUUGUCUCAGGACAGCAGGCACUCAGGCAGGACGAAGGCAAGGUCACCCGGUUGUCAGUCACCGAUAUGUCCGAUACUGAGGUCAUGACGGGCUUCCCGGUAUUCGAGGCAAAGUACAAAGACUCCAUCAAGUUGUGGCAUAACCCUCGCUUUGGUCAUCUUCGAACACCCGAAAACAAAUCGAGUCAUGAGGACCAAGGGUCCUCAGCCAGGAGAGUCUCGAUAAAAGACCGACUGCGCGAAGCAGCAACAAUGAACGAGGCCAAAGAGGCCAUCAUAGAUGGGCUUGCCCAAAAGACACGCGACAUCCUCCUUAUUCCUCGGGAUCAAAGUGUUAAUCCUAGUGUCCCACUCCUUGACCAGGGCAUAGACUCACUCGGUGCUUUCGCAGUAUCCGCAUGGUUCUCCCAAGAGCUAUUGGUCGAUAUACCGAUUUUGCUAGUGCUUGGUGGUGCUUCUCUUGAAGACGUUGCCGAGGCAGCCGUCAAACGACUUGGACGUGACGCCAUACCUCUGAUUGCUUCUGAACUAGAAGGCUACCAGAGUCCGACAUUGAACAGUGAAGACUCACCAUCGGCAUCGGAUAAGUCGCUGGUGAGCUCUGCCAGCAGCAGCGUGGCUUCAUACGCAAGCGGGAAAGACGAAGCUAGCGCAAAGAUCUCCCGUCGAUAUCCGCUGUCGUUAGGGCAGGCGUAUUCAUGGAAACUACAGCAGCAGCUCUCGCACGAUCAUACCAUCUUCCAUAACACCAUCGCAUACCUGUUCGAGGGCUACAUAGAUUUGAAACGACUCGGCACUGCCGUGGACCAGGUACUACGCAGACACGAGAUACUGCGGACUGCGUUUCUCGACGACCUCGAGCCCCACGAGGGCGACGAUCUACAGCAAGUUAUCCUGGAGACGCAAACAUGGGGUUUGAUUUGCAAAGAGGUCGCCAAUCAAGCCGCAGCCGAGGAGGCUAUGAAGCAGCUGCAUGAGGAAGCGUACGACCUUGGGUCUGGCAGGCCAUUCAAACUUGUGGAUUUCUACUGGUCAUCGGGCCACCGUCAUCUUCUCACGGUGGCCUAUCAUCGGCUAGCCGGGGAUGGUGCGACCACAUCUUUGCUCAUGUCUGAAUUAUCUGCCUCUUACGACGGCGCGGGGCUCUCCGCGACUGUUCCUCAGUUUUCCAAGAUUGCCAUCAGGCAGCGCGCCGACUAUAAACAAGGACGGUUGGAUGCUGACAUUGCCUACUGGACCUCGCAGUACAACAACCACGCAGUGCCCAUUAUGCCAGUCCUUAACCUUCCAGAUUGCCAGCUCGCCGACCGUAGCAACAGCCCUCCUGUCUCUUGGUCUCAACACAAAGGCGUCUUCCGCCUUAGCUCGGCCGUGUCCGCAGAAAUCAGGGAGACAGUGCGGCAGCAAAAGGUCUCACGGAUGCAGUUUUUCAUGGCAGUCUAUGCGACGCUACUGGCUCAAUUAACGAAUACGACGAGCAGUGGUGAGGCCGAAGCCAUAAGCCGCGACAACGGCGAUGAUGACGCUUCAAGGAUGAUAACUAUUGGUGUCGCAGACACCAACCGCGCUACAAUGGAGGACAUGGCCGCAAUGGGCUUCUUUGCCAACUUAUUGCCUGUUCGAAUAGAAACGGGACGAAAGGGAGACAGAUCGUCGUUCAGUCCUGUCGACCAGCUCGAUACCGUCAAGAAGGCGAUGCGCGGGGCAAUGUUGCACUCGCGCGUGCCGUACGGUGUGUUGCUGGAGCGUCUACCCGUGACUCCAAGUCUCCAAGUAUCAGCCAAGGACUGGUCGCAUGCACCAUUGUUCCAAGCUGUGUUCGACUACGCCGGGGGCGGAGUUGAGAGCGUGCGUAUCGGUGAUGCAGUCAUGACCGAGCAAGGCGCCUUACAGGCCACUAAGCUUAUCUCGCGCGAACGAACGCCAUAUGACGUGGUGCUUGAGAUUUGGGACGAUACAACGCGUGACCCACUAGUGAUUGUUAAGUUGCAGUCUUCUCUUUACAGUUCCAAGGAUGUUACUGCGUUCUAUGAUGCUUUUGUUAAGCUCUUAAGUACUUACUCAACGGAUUUAAGAGGUUACGGUCAGAUGUCUGACAGUGGAGUUUUCUACUAA